GUCCAUUGUUGUUUUGGGCCCGGACACCGACAUGCGAAUCAGCAAACGUGUGGCCGACGGAGAAAGGCGGUUUAUUGCCUAUUCAGACGAACCAUCCACUUUAUAUGCAUCGCUCUAAGUUCAAAAUUCAAUUUCCCCCAAAUCGAAUCGAAGAAUUUCGAUCAAGAAACCAAUCCAAGAAAUCAGAAUUACGUUCAGGCGAUCGGCGAUUCGAUAGACAACAGAGAAGAGAAGCGAGAGAUAUGGAGCCGCAAGGAGAUAUGGAGCCGUCGUCGGCGUGCAUAUGCGCGCUGUUCGGAUCGCCGGAGAAAGGCCACCUCUGCCCUAACUGCGACCAACAAACCAAGAAACGAGAUCUCGACGAUGACGAGCCAGCGACGGCAGCGGAAUCCACGAUCGAGAAGCCAGUCGGCACGAAGCGUCCCUUCUAUUUCCCUCGCGACGCGAAGGUCGUUCCCUUCUCCGGAUUCGACCGCAGGGAGACCACCGCCACAACCGCCGCCGCCGCCGCCGCCGGUACUGAGAACAACUCGUUCUUUAGCGGUAAAUCGUUCCGAACCACCUCGUCUUCUUCGUCAUCAGGUUCUAGCUUUUUCUCUAGCGUAGAUAGCGGCUUCUUCCCAACCCGCGGCCGUUCUUUUGAUCCGUCCACUUUCACGUUUGGAUUCGGUUCCGCCACCGAUACUACCUCCAAGACGGUAAAGAAGGAGGAUAAGAACUGCGGUAGUUGCAGAAGGCGGGUAGGGUUGCUGGGAUUCAAGUGCCGGUGCAAGAAACUGUUCUGUAGUAAGCACCGGUACCCUGAGGAGCAUCGCUGCUCCUUCGACUAUAAGGGUUUCGGGCGCCGGAUUCUUGAGCAGCAGAACCCUGCCGUCGAUUCCGAUAAGCUGGAGAAUCGGGUCUAGAGUUUCCCCGGCGACGGUAUCACAGGUAAGUUGAUGAAUAUAGGGUAAUAGUAGAUCAAAAUCCUUAGGGUCAAAAGAAUCGAAUUGAGGUUAGAAGGGAUUUAAAGAAUCAAUCGUGUGUGCAUUUAGGUGUCAUCCUGCGUCUGUGAUUAGGGUUUCUUACUGUUUUUUCUUUCCUUUUCCUAUUCCUGCUUCAAGUCUGUAGCUUUGGUGUGUACAUAAUUAGGGGUUAGAACUGUAGUGUUUGAAUCCGCCAUUGUUUACCGAUCCCCGGGAGUCCUGCAUUCAUCCUUCCAAGGAAGCGCUGUUUGUACUGGUUCUUUCCCUUGAAGGCUCGAGGCCGAAAAGCUGAUGACAGAGUGAGCCGCGGCAUCAGGUGAACUUCUGGGGAAGAGGGGAGGCUUCUGUACACUAUUGUUCUCACUUCUGUUUAUGUACACUAUAGAGAGGGAGAGAGAGCUCCAUUGUAUGUGCUUGCAUUAGAUAGAUGCUUCAUUAGGGUUAGGCUGUGCAUAUAGUUUCAUCAUCUCUGUAAAAACCAUUCUUCAGCUUCCCAUCUGUAUCUGGUCCUCUAAUGUUUCAGAGCACAAACUCACAUAUACUAAGAUGGGUUCUCUUCACUUAUAAUGAAAGUCUUGUUUUAUC